AUGGGAUCGUAUACUCCGGUCCACGACCAAGAGGUCCAUACCAUCCACAUCCCCGAGGAGGUGCGCCAGUCGGGCCAAGCACCGCUGGACCUGGUCGGCGAGGGCGCCGCGUUCCUGCACAAGGAUGGCAUCGUCGUGCUCGACAACGCCAUCGACCCGGCGCACCUCGACGCGCUGAACGCCCAGUUGGCGCCGGAGGCGCUCGAGAUCGCCGCGGACCCGGACCACCACUUCAACUUCGGCAAGCACACGCGCAACAUGGAUCAGGCGCCGCCGCCCACCCGGGCCCUCAUGUUCAAGGACGUGUGGUGCAACCCGUUCGCGGCGGCCAUCCUGGCGGCGGUGCUGGGCCCGCGGCCGGUCAUCCACUACGCCAACGGUAACACGGCGCUCCAGGCGCCCCCGGACGGCCGCCAGCCGGUGCACUCGGACUGCGAGUUCGCGCACCCGGCGUACUUCCCGUUCGCGUACGUGAUCAACAUCAACCUGGUCGACGUGACGCCCGAGAACGGCGGCACCGAGGUGUGGGUGGGCAGCCACCACGUGUCGGUGCACGAGGCGCACAACCGCGCCGCAAAGGAUGAGGGGGACGAGGACCUGCUCACCAUCCAGCCGGGCCCGCUCGAGCAGCGCCGCGCGCACUCGCCACCCGUGCAGGUGCGCACCCGCAAGGGCAGCCUGAUCAUCCGCGACCUGCGCCUCUGGCACGCCGGCAGGCCCAACCUGACGGCCGCGCCGCGCAUCAUGCUCGCCUUCGUGGCCAGCCCGGCCUGGUGGCGGGGCCGCAGCCGCAUCAAGCUGCCCCGCGACGUCCGGGACCUGGUCGAGGGCUGGGCCGACGAGAUGGCCUACGCCGCCGACUGGGUCGACGGCGAGGUCGACCACAAGAAGCUGCGCAGCGCCGGCGUCGACUUCGACGGCGACGCCGCCGUCCUCAACCGCUUUCGCCGCGAGCUGAGCGUCUGGCCCGAGUAUCGGCCUCGGUGGUACUGAGUUUUCAAUGUCGGCGAGACGGUGCGGUCAUUCCUUGUGACGGGGGACUGAGAUGAAAGGGGCAUUCGUCAAUCGGAGGAGUAGAGUCGGGGACAGUCAAGAGGGCACAAUCCAUCGAGGGACAGAACUUGUGGUUGUGGGUGUUCACGGCGCCCUUUUUGACGUCCUGUUUUCGGUUGUAUCAAGAGCUUGUUAUUGUCUGCCCUCGUCUUCUUCUACUGUCCACCGACAGGCGAUGUCUACAAAUUUCGAGGCAGUACAAUGUCUUGUCUUGGUUUGUCUAGAUUCAUUCGUUCAUUUCGAUGUCUGCUUCAUAUCUCCGCAUCAUAUAAC